CUUAUUCAAUACCUCAACCAAGUGAGUGGAUAUGGCUGAGAAAACCACCACCAGCGUCUCUCACGUCGACGACUCCGACCACCCCAAUGUCCAACUCAAGGGUGGGGUGGGCGACACGGCUCUGGCUGUGGCGACGAGUCUCCAGAAGCCGUCGCUAUGGAGUAAGAGCAUGCUCAAGUUGUACUGCUGCAUCGCCGUCGCUAUGCUCAACUCCUGCAUCAACGGCUACGACGGAUCCCUGAUGGGUUCCAUCAACAGCUACGCCCAGUACCGAGACUACUUCGGCUUCGACCCGAACAACGGCACGCCGUCCACGGGUAUCGUUUACGCCAUCUAUACUAUCGGAAAUAUCGUCGGAUCGUUCGUGGCUGGCCCGGCUACUGACUUUAAAGGCCGCCGCGUCGGCAUGGCCCUCGGCUCCCUCUUCAUCAUCAUCGGCACCAUCGUACAAGCAACCUGCCACAACAUCGGCGGAUUCAUGGGCGGAAGAUUCAUCCUCGGUUUCGGCGUCGCCAUUUCCGCGACAGCCGGUCCGGCGUACGUAUCGGAGAUGGCGCAUCCAGCAUACCGUGGCGCCAUGACGGGUCUAUACAAUGUGUUGUGGUUCGGAGGCGGUAUUCCGGGGACAUUCAUCCCGUGGAGGACGAGUCAGAUCGAGGGGACGAUGAGUUGGCGGAUCCCGAUCUGGUUGCAGAUGGUGUUCUCGGGGUUGGUAUUGGUGUUUGUGCCUUUUGUUGCUGAGAGUCCCCGCUGGCUCAUCUCCCAAGACAAACACGACGCCGCACUGCAAGUCCUCGCCGACUACCACGGCGAUGGGGACAGGAACGCGCCCAUAGUGCAGCUCGAGUACCGCGAGAUGAUUGAGGAUAUCUCCCAGACGGGAUCGGAUAAGCGGUGGUGGGAUUAUCGCGAGUUGUUCAAUACCCGGGAAGUGCGGUACCGGUCUAUGCUGGUUAUCAUUAUGGCCCUCUUCGGCCAAUGGACCGGCAACGGCCCCGUCAGCUACUAUUACCCGCAGAUGCUCCGCGGUGCCGGAAUCACAGACAACAACACGCAACUGAUGCUGCAAGGAGUGCAGAACGUCGUCUCAUUCCUAGGCGCCGUGUCAGGAGCCCUCAUCACCGACCGAAUGGGGCGACGUACACAGCUCCUCGUGUCGACGAGUAUCGUGGUGGUAUUAUUCGCGAUCGUGACAGCAUUGAACGCAACGAACGUGGUCGACGGACCGGACGGCACGCCCAUUGCCAAAAGCGCAGUUGCAGCGCGCGCACAGAUCGCGAUGAUUUAUCUCUUUGGGUUUAUCUAUUCGGCUGGCUGGACGCCUAAUCAGGCGAUGUAUCCGGUGGAGUGUUUGCGGUAUGAGAGUCGGGCGAAGGGGAUGGGGAUGAACAACUUCUUCGUCAACAUUGCGUCGUUUUACAAUACCUUUGUCACUGGCAUUGCUUUCACGCAGGCUGGAUGGAAGUAUUACUUCCUGUUCAUCUUCUGGGAUACGAUGGAGGUGAUUGUGAUUUACUUCCUGUUUGUGGAGACGAGUAAGCGCACGCUGGAGGAGUUGACUGCUAUUUUCCAGCAGAAGAAUCCGGUCAAGGCGUCGUUGAAGAAGCAGGAUCUGACGGAGAUGGAGGAGAUGAAGUGACCUCUGCCUUCAUCCUCUCAGGAGUAUAUAAUCUACGGUGUGCGAUGCUCACUACUCACUACCAUUUUCCUUCUUAGUCAAUUGCACAAGUUGUGUGAGAAUACCAUUAUCAUAACCAUCCAUACCCAUAUCCUUAUAUUUUAUCCAUCCC